AUGCCUGAAGCAUUGCAACAGCUCCCCUAUGGGGAUGGAAACACAAAGAUUUUUGGAAUGGAGAAUUUUGGAAAUACAUGUUACUGCAAUUCCAUCUUACAAUGUCUAUACUACACAGAGGCGUUUCGUAAACAACUACUCCAACACAAUUUGACUAAACAUGAACCGAAACUAAUUGUUAAUGGUGUCAAGUUUCAUGGGUUCACGCAGAAAUACGAACAAUUGGUACAAAAGAGAUUAAAAGAACAAGGAAGUGCAACACUGAACAAUGGCGAAGAAAGACCCAAGCUGAGUCGAAAGGGAUCACUAUUUGGACUUAAAUUCAAUAAUAGUGCAAGUACGCAAACUGCUGUUCUUGACGAAAGCAGCAAAUUUUCGCAACGAGCAGGCGAUUGCGAGGCAUUGCCACUUGAACAAAGGAUAUUGAUCAAUAAGAGCCCAGAGUUUCUGAAUUUAGAUAUUUUGAUCACGCGUCCCAAUGCUAUACAGAGCAAUAAUAAUAAUAAUAAUAAUAAUAAUAAUAAUAACAGAGCUCAGCACAAUUCCGUAGGUAGUGAAGCCAGUGAUCAAUCAUCCUCAGCAAAUACAUCGUUUAACAACAACACGAGCAAUAACACGAGCAAUGGUGCGACACAUGGUGCUGGCAACAGUGCAAGCAACAGCGCAAACAAUAUGGACUAUUCACAAAGUUCAUCCAUGCUUUUAAGUGAACAACUGCCGCAAACAAUCCAAGAAGGAUCCAUAAACACAUAUUCUAGUGUUGUUAUUGUUGGAAUACCAAAACCUGAAUUGAACUUGAAUCCACCUAUAAAUCCAUUCAAUAUUAACCCAAAUGCUGAUCAGCGAAAACGCUCUGCAUUGAUCAAUGGCCCUGUAAUUAAUUUGGAUACAUCAUUGCAGCUUCCCACUGAACAACACGAGGACACAAUUUUGUUGUAUGCAUUGAAAGAUCUUUUUGAAAGCAUGGUUGAGAAUAAAUCAACAAUAGGAGUUGUCUCGCCAUCCUUCUUCAUAUCCAAGCUUAAAGAGAAAAACUAUUUGUUUAGACAAAACAAUAUGCAUCAUGACGCUCAUGAGUUCUUCAACUAUUUAAUCAAUGAAAUCAUAGAAAGUCUCAAUAAAGAGUCCAAGCCAAAUUGGUGCACAGACUUGUUUCAAGGAUUGAUCACAAAUGAAACAAAGUGUUUAUCGUGCGAAACAGUUACAUCGAGACAUGAGCAUUUUCUUGAUUUAUCAAUAGAUAUACCACCAGGCGAAAAUGCAUACUCCUUGAAUUAUGCAAUCAACAAUUUCUCAAAGUCGGAAACGCUUACAAAUCAAAAUAAAUUUCAUUGCAACACUUGCUCAUCGCUUCAGGAAGCAGUCAAGACGAUAAAGGUCAAGAAGCUGCCCAAUGUACUUGUUAUCAACUUGAAACGGUUCAAGUAUGAUGAAAAAAUUGACAAAUUGGUUAAGCUUUUUGAUUCUAUUAGCUACCCUUUUAAACUAAGGUUGUUCAACACUACAGAUGACUGUUUUGAAAAUAUAUUGUAUGAGCUUUAUGCAUUGGUGAUACAUAUUGGAGGCGGUCCAAUGCAUGGACACUAUGUUUCUAUCUGCAAAAUCAAAGCUGGUCUUUGGUUAUUAUUUGACGAUGAGACAGUCGAGUUGGUGGAAGACAAUUAUGUAAUGAGAUUUUUUGGCAACGGCCCUGGGUUGGCCAGUGCAUAUAUUUUGUUUUACCAAAAGAUUGAAUUUGAUGAGAAUGCAGAGUAUUUUGGAUUUGAUCCGGCAACCAUGUUUAAUGGAAAAGAUUUUGAGUUUCCCAUGUCGUCGAAUAAUGUGGCCGAGUCAUCAUCAGCCUCUGUCAACACAUCAACAGUUGCAUUUACAUCAGCUCCUAUGGCUCCACUGGCUGCUGCAAGUGCUGCAAGUGCUGCAAGUGUUGCAAGUGCAACUAUGGCUACAGGACCCGGCUCAACUGCAACAAGAACAAGAACGACGUCGACAGGAACCACGGGCAACGGUGUGGAACUUGAUAAUAAAAUAGACACAACACCAACUGAUGACUCUGUUGCAAUGAAAGCUGAUAUAGACAAAAAACCACCUUUAUCCUCAGGAGGCAUGUUUAAAAGUUUCAAGUUUGAAAAAGAAGAAAAGGCACAAACUCUUUCGAGAAGUAAUAGUACUGGAGCCUCCACACUCCUUCAGAACAACCAGCAAAAUGGCAAAGAUACAAAGAGCAAAAAGUCAUGGCUCGGUACAUUAAAAAGAACAGGUCUUGAGCGGAAACUAUCUGGUAAAUCGCCAACUAUUGUGGAAGCCCCUAAAGCUGAAAAGGAAUCUACUGAAGAGGCCCAACCUGUUGUUGAACAUGAGUCUACAUCGGCUCCAGCGCCCAAAGGAGGUCUUGUUAAAUCUACAUCUCAUGCUCAUGCUCCUGCUCCUAUUCCUGCUCCUAUUCCUGCUCCUAUUCCUCCUCCUUCACGUCCCGCUCAAAUGGAAAAAAGACGAAGUUUGUUUGGAUUUAAAAAAAAUGCUAGUUGA